AUGGCUGCACUGACAAUACAAAGGACGGACAACUUUUUGCACACCUUUUUACAGGAUCGGACCCCCAGCUCCUCUCCGGAGGGGGCGCCUAAUGCUCUGUCGUUCCUAGCCACAACCUGCAGCCAGGCCUGGCAGGUGGGCAGCACCAUGGGCUCCGAAGGCUCCCAGUUCCCCUACGAGGGCUCCGUCAGCUCAGCAUCGGGGAUGUUCCAGCUGUGGAGCAACGACAUGGCUCCCAGCUCUGGCCUAGGGGCCCAUCAGAUGGCCUUCACCAUGCCCAAGGUCCAGUUCCCCGGACACAUGCAGUCGGGCCUGGGCCACCACCACCACCACCACCACCACCACCACGAGCUGCCUCUCACGCCGCCCGCCGAACCGCCGGCGUCCUACUCCUUCGAACUGUCCCCGGUCAAGGUCCUCCCCGCGCAGCCGCAGGGCACCGGCCCGUACUACCCGCAGCACAACGCCGUGGGCCAGAACUUCCCCAGCUUCCUCCAGAGCUCCUCGGGGAGGCACCAUCUCCCCGGGGCCCACGGGGACGAGGGGCAGCAGUGGUGGAGCCUGCCCCAGACCAACAGCGCCCCCUCCAACCACCCCUUCUCCCUGGGCCGCCAGCUGGUGCUGGGCCACCAGCCGCAGAUCGCCGCCCUGCUGCAGGGCACGUCCAAGGGCCUGCUGGGGUCCACGCGGCGCUGCCGGCGCUGCAAGUGCCCCAACUGCCAGGCCAACGGGGGCGGCCUGGAGUUCGGGAAGAAGAGGCUGCACAUCUGCCACAUCCCCGAGUGCGGCAAGGUGUACAAGAAGACGUCCCACCUGAAGGCCCAUCUGCGCUGGCACGCCGGGGAGCGGCCCUUCAUCUGCAACUGGCUGUUCUGCGGCAAGAGCUUCACGCGCUCCGACGAGCUGCAGCGGCACCUGCGCACUCACACGGGGGAGAAGCGCUUCGGCUGCCAGCAGUGUGGCAAGAGGUUCAUGAGGAGCGACCACCUCUCCAAACACGUCAAGACCCACCAGACCAGAAAGGGCCGCGCGGGCCACCCCUCGCCCUCGGACCCCUUGCUGGCUAACAUCAAGAGGGAGUGA